AUGUUACUGAAGAAAAGACUUGGAAUGGGUUCAAAUGAGGAGGAGAAGGAAAAGUGGUCCAGAAGAGGGGAAAUGGAUAACCGCUCCUUGACUCCCGUCAGUGAGUCUCCAGCUGUUGUGACUCCCGUCAGUGAGUCUCCAGCUGUUGUGACUCUCGUCAGUGAGUCUCCAGCUGUUGUGACUCCCGUCAGUGAGUCUCCAGCUGUUGUGACUCUCGUCAGUGAGUCUCCAGCUGUUGUGACUCCCGUCAGUGAGUCUCCAGCUGUUGUGACUCCCGUCAGUGAGUCUCCAGCUGUUGUGACUCCCGUCAGUGAGUCUCCAGCUGUUGUGACUCUCGUCAGUGAGUCUCCAGCUGUUGUGACUCCCGUCAGUGAGUCUCCAGCUGUUGUGACUCCCGUCAGUGAGUCUCCAGCUGUUGUGACUCCCGUCAGUGAGUCUCCAGCUGUUGUGACUCUCGUCAGUGAGUCUCCAGCUGUUGUGACUCCCGUCAGUGAGUCUCCAGCUGUUGUGACUCGUCAGUGA